AUUGGAUGUCGAGGAGCGACAACGCCAUAUUGUCUAACGGAAUAGAGCGAAGUGCGUAUCGCGAUUGCGCGUAGAGACAGAGAAUCUAGCCCUACGGGAGUUGCAUCACUACACGUGAAGUCGAGAGUUUCGUCUUCGAUCCUAAUUUCUCUAAAAUCCGUCGAAAUAAUUGUUGAAAAAUGUUGACCGCAGCUAGAUUGUUGAGCCGAGGGUGCACCGGAGUCGUUGGAGAUAUUUCGAGGAAGCAAAACUUCAGUACAAUCUUAAAAAAUGCUGCCGCUCCGACUCUCUCCGUCUCGCAGAGACAAACCGAUCUUCACCAGUACAGAUACAAAUCGGAAGGUGUCAAAGGUGCAGUAAUUGGUAUAGAUCUUGGAACAACGUUUUCCUGCGUAGCAGUAAUGGAAGGUAAACAAGCAAAAGUAAUCGAGAAUGCUGAAGGUUCCCGCACAACUCCGUCCUAUGUGGCAUUCACCAAAGACGCAGAACGCCUCGUCGGUAUGCCAGCCAAACGUCAGGCCGUUACUAAUUCUGCAAAUACUUUCUACGCCACAAAACGUUUGAUCGGUCGCAAAUUCGACGAUGCAGAGGUGAAGAAAGAAAUGAAAACAGUAUCAUACAAGAUUGUCCGAGCCUCGAACGGAGAUGCCUGGGUUCAGGGAGCUGACGGAAAAAUGUAUUCGCCAAGUCAGAUAGGAGCAUUUGUUUUAAUGAAGAUGAAGGAGACAGCAGAAGCUUACCUCAGCACGCCAGUCAAGAAUGCUGUAGUCACGGUUCCAGCUUACUUCAAUGAUUCUCAGAGGCAAGCGACUAAGGAUGCUGGGCAAAUUGCUGGUCUCAACGUUCUCAGAGUUAUCAACGAACCAACAGCUGCUGCUUUAGCUUAUGGCAUGGAUAAGACUGACGAUAAAAUUAUCGCCGUGUACGAUUUGGGUGGUGGUACUUUCGAUGUUUCCAUUCUGGAGAUCCAGAAGGGAGUUUUCGAAGUCAAGUCUACCAACGGAGACACUUUCCUAGGUGGUGAAGAUUUCGAUAACGCCUUGGUCAACUACCUAGUAUCAGAGUUCAAGAAAGACCAAGGAAUAGAUGUAACUAAGGACGCAAUGGCUAUGCAACGGCUCAAGGAAGCAGCUGAGAAGGCCAAAAUUGAAUUAUCUAGUUCAAGCCAAACGGAUGUGAAUCUGCCCUAUCUUACCAUGGACAGCAGUGGACCAAAACAUUUGAAUUUGAAACUUUCACGAAGCAAGUUUGAAAAUCUAGUUGGCGAUCUGAUCAAACGUACACUCCAGCCUUGCCAGAAGGCCUUAUCUGAUGCCGAAGUGUCAAAGUCUGACAUCGGAGAGGUUCUACUUGUCGGAGGCAUGACCAGAAUGCCAAAAGUUCAACAGACUGUACAAGAAAUAUUCGGCCGCCAACCCUCCAAGGCUGUGAAUCCUGAUGAAGCUGUCGCUGUUGGUGCUGCUGUGCAGGGUGGUGUACUUGCUGGCGAUGUCACCGAUGUUCUUCUCCUGGAUGUAACUCCGCUCUCUCUUGGUAUUGAAACUCUCGGAGGAGUGUUCACCAGAUUGAUCACUCGCAAUACAACGAUACCGACUAAGAAGAGUCAGGUGUUCUCCACAGCAGCAGAUGGCCAAACACAAGUAGAAAUCAAGGUUCACCAGGGUGAGAGAGAAAUGGCUAAUGACAACAAACUACUCGGUCAGUUCACACUAGUCGGAAUCCCGCCAGCGCCCAGAGGAGUUCCCCAGAUCGAAGUCACAUUCGAUAUUGAUGCCAACGGCAUUGUUCACGUUUCUGCAAGGGACAAGGGUACUGGCAAAGAACAGCAGAUCGUCAUCCAGUCCAGCGGUGGUUUGAGCAAGGAUGAAAUUGAAAACAUGGUUAAGAAAGCCGAACAAUAUGCUAAGGAAGACAGGAUAAAGAAAGAUCGCGUGGAGGCUGUCAACCAAGCAGAGGGUAUCGUGCAUGACACAGAGGCAAAGAUGGAGGAGUUCAAAUCCCAAUUGCCAGCUGAAGAGUGUGAGAAAUUGAUGGAGCUGGUCAACAAAGUUAAAGAAACAUUAGCGAAUAAGGACAACACGGAUCCUGAAGAAAUCAAGAAACAAACGAACGAACUUCAACAAGCUAGCUUGAAGCUCUUCGAAAUGGCUUACAAAAAGAUGGCCGCCGAGCGUGAAUCCAGCAGCGGUAGCAACGAGCAGAGUAGCCAGGAAGGCGAGGAGGAGAAAAAGAAGGAAGAGAAGAAUUAAAGAUUAUAAUUUAAGCACACAAAGGAACCUGAAACAGCCUCUGGGCUGCCAUUCUCGGCUACAGCAGUUUAUCAGAUGCAUGAAACUCAGGAAACAAAAUUGACGUAGUUUCAAUGGAGCGCUACGUUGUCUCAGACGUCAUUAUUUGUAUUUGUAGAUUAUUUAGAGGUAGGUAGUUAUUGAUUGUUAUUAUUAUUAUUAUCAUUAUUGCUACUAAUUUUUUUUUCUGACGUUCCAUGGUCGAUAAGUGUAGUCGCGCAGGUAGAGGUAGCGAGUCGUGGUUCAUAAUCAUAAGACAAAGCGAAAAAACAAGCUCCAGCAGCUACAAGUUUUUUUUAAAGUUGCAUUUGCCAAAUAAAUAACAUGCAAACAGAAGACCUUUGCUAUGAAGGACCAGGUAAAACGUGAUUUAAUCAUUAUCGAUACAAGUAAAGCGACCAUGUCUUAAUUCGUACUAUUUUCGUGUAACACGGUCGCGAAAACUUCUUGAUAAACAAAACCGAUUUCAAUUUGAAAUAAUACCGAUUUAAACAAACCUUUCUCGUAAACGUCGGAAAAAAUUAUCCGAAUAUUGAGAAUUGAAUUAAAUAUUUGAUGUACCAUAGCAUCGGUCGUCUGUUGGACGAUAUUUGUUAUCACUCCAUUGUAUUUUAUAUACCCAUGUAGAGAAUUUUAGGGAUAUUUCAUACAUAUGAUUGUAAUAAAAAUGAACACAAAAGAAAAAUCAUCAAGUAUACACACGGUCGGCGCUUGAUAAAUGAAAAUUAUGUAAAUUGUGUACAUAAUAAUAUAUUGUUGCCGCAUGUUCCGAGGGGUUGAAUGUUGAUGUAUACAGUGGCUGGCGCCAUUGUAGCCUGCACGUCACUCCUUAAACUGUCUGUCUUAAGUCGUUUUGCGAUACCCGCGGACAUUAUGUCUUGACGGAUUGACUUCGACUCGACAAUGCGGUGGUAUUGCGGGUAGCAGAGUACUUGUUGAUUGAUAUUUCAUACAUUCGAGACAAAAAGAGAGAGAGAGAAAUGCGGCAUCGAAGCGAUAUAAUACAAAUAAAUAUGAAAUCGCGAGAGAAGAAAGAGAGGAAUAUUAGUCAUAGUUUUUAACUAAUAAAAGAUUGAAAUAAGCAGCAGCAUAAACG